AUGACCCACAUCUGUCUUAAUCCCAAGACGGGAAGACUGAGCAGAAUGACGGAGUUACGAGCAAUCAGUCUUCGUAAUGUGGGAUACAAGAUUAUUUCUAAAGUUCUCUGUCAGAGGCUUAAAGUACUCUUGCCUAGGUUAAUCUCCGAGACUCAGUCUGCAUUUGUACCGGGCAGGCUAAUCUCAGACAAUAUCCUCAUAGCUCAGGAAAUGUUCCAUGGUCUCCGAACAAAUAAAUCGUGCAAAGGAAAAUAUAUGGCGGUUAAAACGGAUAUGAGUAAGGCCUAUGAUCGGGUAGAAUGGAAUUUUAUAGAGGCGUUAAUGAGAAAAAUGGGUUUUGCGGAAUAG